AUGGCUAAAGCGACAGCUAUAUUUACGAACACACAAGAAAGCAGUCAGCACUAUGAACCGGAACACGGCGUAAAAACAGUCUGCUCACCCGACAUCCAUCGACUCGUCGCAAUCUCGCCCGCUACGACUCCUAUCUUCAAAUCUCUAAAACUCGACGCCAAUAGUUUGGUUCUUCCGCUGCGUCGCAAUUGGGCCCUAUUGAAUAUGAAUGCGGAAGAGGGUGGUUUACAGGCCCUGACAGAAGAUAAGUCCGUUCAUCUGGAGAUACUUAUCCCUCGCUGGUUCCGAAUCCUCUCCCAAAUCGCCAGGGCAACUUCUAGCUGUGAUUUCAGCGAGGAUAGUAACAAAUCUCCGCACUGCAAAUCCACCAGACGAGGGUCGCAAGAGGCCUGGCCCCUGAGUGUCACCGAUGACAACCAGGGAAAAAAGUUGAAGCCGUUGACCCUGUUAUGCCGAGACCAAGACGAAACGAUGACAAAGGAGGACUGGGCGAGCGAUGCCAGGGUGCCAACUCAGCCUAAAUGGGACGAUGAGCCGCCCGCAGUGCACGGCUUGACCCUCACCUCAAUAGCGUGUUUGUCAGUCAGCAACUCUCCUCAUGAACAAAUGCUUCACGUCUCUACUUUAAUCGUCUGGGCUAUUUUCUCCCUAUUUUCGUCGUGUCUGGCUCACGAAGAUUCUCUAGACGAAAUACUUACAUUUGCCCCGUCAACUUUAAUAGUCACGUCGUCGAUCACCUAUUGUGCUUCCCCUGAUGUUUUGAUCGUUCAGGAAUUCGACAUCCAAUAUUUCAGAAAUAAUCAGAGCAUUGCGUUUGCUCUCGCUGCAACCAACCGUGCAUCGGACCUCAAUGCCACCGCCAACGUCAUCCUCAACGCCUAUGGGCUCACUCCGCUUAACUACACCUUUGACCUCUGCACUGUUCUCCAAGGCCAACUCUGCCCUUUACCCGAAUAUAGUGUCACAGGGAGCGCAUACAUACCGAUCCCAUCAAGUGUUGAACUUCCAAUCCCGGGUAUCGCUUUCAAGAUCCCCGACCUGGAAGCGGUCGCUCAAAUGACACUGAGACGAGUAGAGACGGGUGAAGUGGCAGUUUGCCUGCAAUCUACCUUAUCGAAUGGCUGGACCCUUCAUGUUCCUGCAGUCUCGGCCACUACUGCAGCAUUUACCAUCAUCUCGCUCCUUGGCUCGCUUUUUUACUCGUUUCGACGACCAUCCUCAUCACCAGCAGUCUUCCGCACCGUUACCGUAUUCAGCUACUUUCAACACAUCGCAUUAUCCGCCUAUAUCGCAUUUACUACCAACUUUGCAUGGUCCUUUGGCUUCUUCAGCAAAUCAUCCGCAAUACAAAAGGCUAUAGAGAGAAUGAGGUCCAUGACGGGCUCCAGUCUCUCGCAGACAUCGCAAUCUCCUCAAGAAUACAGCGACCGUACUCUAUCACCUUACAACCUAUUCGCCACUAAUAACUCUACCCUCGACAAUGAUCCUUCUGGACAUUACAAGGAGAUCGACAUUGGCAACUUUGUGGGAGGCCAGUCUACACGACCUGUCGCCCCAGGACAUACUUUUGUCAAUCCAGCCGUCGUCACUUCCGACUCGGAAACUCUGGCGCCUGGAAUCCCAGUCUUUGUCAAUUAUAUGAAUGUCGCAACGGGAAAUGCAUUCAUGACCACAUUCUUUACCGUCCUUUUCUUCUUUAUCUGCUCUGCGUUCCUUGCAUGUGUCGUAUUCGGUCUGUUGAAGUACCUCAAGAAGAAGCGAGGAUCGCUAUGGGUAGACCGCGAGAAGAAAGGUUCAGAAGACGCGGACGAUCACAAGCGCAUAGAACGAGAGAAGAUGAUAGAAGGGCAUCAUGUUGGAGCUUUUGUUGGUCCAUAUCGCCCUGGACGCCGCUUCUUCUUUAUCAUCUCCCUUCUCACUCCACUCCUCCGCUCCACUUUUGUGUCUGGGGCCAGGCAUAACGGGUUCAUCCAAGUCGUUGGUCUGAUCGUCCUGGAAACCCUCUAUCUUGUUUCGCUAAUCGUUCUUCGGCCAUAUCAUACUCGAGGGGCCGAUGCACUGGAAAUCUUCCUCUCGCUUACCAGGCUGAUCACCUCCGGUGCACUCAUCGCCUUCGUCAAAGAGAAACUGGCCGUCACUGCUAUUCCUCGAGUAGGUAUUGGUAUUGGGCUCGCCGUAGUGUGGUGUGUCGGGAUCGUGGUGGUGAUUAUCAACAUCCUGGUGAACAUCCUUCCCUGGAAGAAACUAUGGUGUCGAAUCACCGGACGAAAGAAUGUAGAAGAGAAUACCGAUAGCGUGAACGAAAUCGAAAAGGGUACCGUGGACGCCACACUACCAAAUUCAGAGGCUGCCUCGACUGGCCGAAGCGACUCGAGCAUUGCCCCACACAAAGAACACGACAAAACUCCAGCCUUUGCUGAUAAUGAACGCACAAGAAACACCAUGAUGGUGCAACAGAACGACAAAUAG